AUGAGACUCACCACACCCUUCGUCCUCGCCUGCAAUGCAGUCCUCGGAGCAUCCCAGCUAAUGGGAACUCCCUCAUACGAAUUCCUUUACACUGUCAACGCAACCCUGGGUGAGCGCUGGCCGAUUGGCGACUACCACCAAGGUAGUCGCGUGGUGAUUCCCAUCACCGGCGGGACCUUCAAGGGUCCUCGAAUGUCAGGAACGGUUUCCAACUUGGGCGCCGACUGGGGUCUCACUGAUACCAAGGGUAUCUUCUUCCCUGAUACGCGAUACAACCUCAGGACCGAUGAUGGCGUUGAUAUCUAUAUCCAGACUCAGGGUCCUACGCAGCCAGACGGACGAACGCUUCUGAGAGGAACGUUUCAGGCGGGCCAUCCCGAUUACGAUUGGUUGAACUACAUCCUUGCUGUGGGUGUCUUGCAAAGGCCGCCUGCUGAGUCUAAUGGCAAGUAUGUCGUUAUCGACAUGUGGCAGAUGGUCCUGCCCGAUUGCAACGGUGCCUGCUAG